AUGAUUCCACGUCAAUCAAGAAAUAUAUCAUUUUGUAAUGAAUUUAUUCAAAUAUUACAAAAAGUACCAAUUGAAGAAAUAACACCAUUGAUACUAAUUGUUAGUAACAUAGUUGUAACCAUAACUUUAAUAUUUUUUAAUGUUUAUGAUUAUCAAGCAAACCACAUAUUAUUGAGCAACAAAAUUGAUAAUAAGACCCAACUGUAUGGAAAAUAUGGAUAUGACCAGUAA